CUAAAUCGUAAUAAGGGCUGAUAGAACACCUUUUGGAGAGCAAGAAAGGCGAUUCAAUGCACCGACAAUUGAUGAGGUUGCAAUUGUAAUUCGUGGUGAUCAGUUUCAAUCGCGUGAUAUUAUACUUCAUCGUAGAAAUGAGCAAUUGCAAAGUGUUUCGGAACUUCAUCGUAGUUACGACGCAUUACAAUACCCAAUAUUGCAUUGGAAAGGUGACGAUGGCUACCAUAUCAAUAUACCAAUGAUUGAUCUACGAACAGGUCUACAUGUACAGAAAAAAGUUAGUGCCAUGCAUUUUUAUUCUUAUCGAUUGAUGGUUCGUCCACAAGAACAAAAUUAUAUCUUGAGAUGUCGUAAACUAUAUCAUCAGUACAUCGUUGAUAUGUAUGCCAAAAUAGAAACAGAACGCCUUAAUUUUAUUCGUUUCAACCAAGCAAAAUUAAGAUUUGAACAAUAUAUUCAUUUGCAAGAUGCGAUAGCGAAUGAUGCUAAUAUUAAUGACAUCGGACGUUUAACUAUAUUGCCAUCUUCGUAUAUUGGUAGCCCACGGAAUAUGAGCGAAUAUGCACAAGACGCAAUGUGUUAUGUACGAAAAUACGGUCGACCGGAUCUUUUCAUUACAUUUACAUGUAAUCCGCAGUGGGAUGACAUCAAAAACAAUUUAUUUGCAGGACAGUCGACAACCGAUCGUCAUGACAUUACUGCGCGUGAUUUUCGGCAAAAAUGUUAAGCACUUAUGGAUUUAAUUGUGAAAUUAUAAGUAUUUGGGGAGGUGCGUUGCCAUAUGUACUCCAUCGAAUGGCAGAAAAGGGGAUUGCCGCACGCACAUAUACUAAUUUGGCUGGUACAUAAAAUAACUCCGGAUCAAAUCGAUAACCUUAUAUCAGCUGAAAUUCCUAAUCACACUGCUGAUCCUGAGUUAUUUCAAGUUGUCGUUAAAAACAUGAUACAUGGACCGUGCGGUGAACUAAAUGUGAAUUCACCAUGUAUGAUUGAUGAAAAGUGUUCCAAACGAUACCUGUUAAGCCAGAUUCUGGCAAACUAUUAUAAUAGAAUAAUGUAACGUAAAUUAGAAUAGAAUAAAUUAAAUAAUAUUGAAUUUAAAAAUUGAAAUUGUAUUAAAGCUUAAUAUUUAGUUAUUUUAUAUUGUUUAUUUAUAAGUAGGUAUGUAGUAUACUUUACUGUUUCUCGCUGUCGCUAUUUCUUUACCUGUUUCUAUUUACUUCCGAGCAUUGACUCUAUUUCUACAGCUAUACCUACUUUCCGUUCUUCCUAUUUCUAUUUACUUAACUGCAAACUCUCUCUAACUCUCCACAUACUGUUCUUCCAUUUCCGCUAUUUCUUGUAUUUUAGUUUUAGGCCUAAUAUAAGGGCAGUACAUGGAUAAUAAACGCCACUUUUGAAAUUGUAAUCGGACGUGUGCGGUGUUCUUUCUUGAAUUCGAAUAUCACAGGCAAUAAGUUUAGCGCUUCCCUUCGUAAAGUGUUUUAAAAAUUAAUAUCGUGAUUAUUAUAUUAAUAUACAAUAUCUUCACAAAAGAGUGAAGAAUUUUCAUGGCGCCCGAGCAGGGACAUUAGUGCGAAAGUGAAAAAAUAAUUACAGAAUUAAAUAAAAUACAUUAAUAGUGACAAAAUAUUACAAGUUGGUGAUUUGUGUAAGGUGAACCGAAAAUAUUCAAUAAUUAAAUUAAAUAACCAGCCGAAUAAACCAAAAGAAUAUUGCCUGCGCGGUCCGUUGAUAACAAAAACAAAAGUCGAACAACCAAACUAAUAUACACAUGUAUGUAUGCCUAUAUAUAAAAACUAGUGCAGUGACUUGGAAGUGCAGUAACGGAAAAAGUGCAGUGACAGUGAGCCCCCAAAAAACAAAACAAAAAAAAAGUAAAAAUUGUUUGAAAGUGCAAUAAAAUAACUAUACACAUUAAAUAUAAAUAAAAUAAAAUAUUUAUAUUCCAAAAAGUUAAAAAACAAAAAACAUAUAGAACAUCGUUACGAACUGUGGAGCUAUACGUGAUAUUCACCAGCCACCAACUGUUCACCACCAAUAUCAACCGUUACACCGUUACAUAGGACAUCGAGGGAGGAAUGACCUGCAACUGCGUGGCCUGCCAAAGGGAAGUUGAAGCUGGAAAGAAACCAGUCCACAGUAAACAGGUAUUGAGUGCGAAGAAUUGAAGCUAGAAAUUGGCUUUGUGAUUGACCGAAAUUAUUACAGUUGCUAAUAAUCGUCUCACAGUACAAAGGCUUCAAUUGUUGGCAUCUCGUGUAUCCACUUCUUAUAUGCAAAUAAACUUAUAUACUUAUAUAUAUACAUAUCUAUAUACAUAUACAUAUACUGCCUAUGAAGUGAAAGAUACAGUGGGACCCGAGGUAGAGGAACUUGUUUGUCGCCAAAUAAUUUGCGAGUACUAUUUUUCGGUUUAUUUUCGGGAUUUUUUCAAAAAAUCAAACGAAAUUGCGGUUUGUUAAUCAACUACAAUAUUUUCAAUUUUUUUUUUUCGACAAUACAAAUUUUGUUUGAGCAAAGACUCAAUUGUUCGCUGCUUAUUUUCGUCUCGUUUUCGUUGGUUCUGGUCAAGUUUCAGCUAUUAUACAAUAUAUUUCAGUAUUUUUCGCUUUCGUUUUCGUUUUCGUGCUGACAAACUUGCAGAACCGUUUUCAUUUUACAAAAGCCACAGGCUAAAGCAGCCACAGGCAAAACAUGAGUAAACCAAACUCGGCUAUUUCAAGUCUCUCUCCAAGUAAGGAGAUGAUGGACUUAAAGACUUUAAAGCGCCAGAGAACUGUUGCAAAAACCAGCAUAGAGCGCAUAAAAACGGGUCUCCUUGAAAAGACCAUGUCGCUAGACCCAAUCGAAUUGGAGUGUCGACUCGACAUAUUAAACUCCCACAGCGAAAAACUCAUGAAAUGUCAGUCGAAAAUUGAGGAAAUCGACGAAGAAGACAUUGCCCGUGGAGAGUUAGAGGACUUAAUUGUAGAAACAAAGUUCAUUAUAAAGUCCAUUCUGGCGAGAAAUAAAUCGUCAAUUGCCGAAACAUCUUUUACUGCACCUCACAGCUCGCGACUACCAAAAAUGUCGUUACCUACGUUCAAAGGAGAAUAUUCCGAGUUUAAAAACUUUAUGAGUCUGUUUGAGAGUUUCGUGCACAAUGAUCCCACAAUCCCGGAUAUUGAAAAAUUUAAUCAUUUAGUAUCAUGUCUAUCCGGUGAAGCCUUAGGCACAGUGAAGUCUUUCCAAAUGUCGGAAGAAAAUUAUCCAAAGGCGUUGGCAAGUUUGAGAAAGGUGUAUGACAAUAAAUGCCUGAUAUUCUUUAAUACAGUGUCUAAACUUUUUGAAUUGUCAAAAAUCCAAAGGCCUUCUGCGUCGUCUUUGCGAUCAAUGAUCGAUACAGUGUCUGCAGUAUAUGACUCCCUCUUAUCGCUGGGUGACGAUAAAUUUAUUUCAAGUGCGAUGUUGAUUCACAUAGUCAUGUCGAAGGUUGAUCCCACUACUCGGUCAAAGUGGGAGGAGCAACUUGACUAUGAUAAACUGCCGCUUUGGGCUGAGUGUGAAGCUAUGCUAAACAAGAGAUAUCAGCAUUUAUCAGCUGAAGAAGCUUCCUCAUCCCAACAAAGGCCAAAUAAUGAAGAUACGCGGCAGAAAACAAAAAAUCAACAACUGCGACACUCAAAGACAACAUUUAUCGCGACAAAUUCCAAACUGCCGACUUGCCUUCACUAUGGUUCCAAUGACCAUUAUUUGACAGCUUGUCCAAAAUUCCAAGCGCUUACUGCACUUAAAAGAUUUGAAUUAGCAAAAUCUAUUUCCCUGUGCAUAAAUUGCUUGCGCAAGGGACAUACGGUCUCAAAGUGCAAAGCAGAUCGCUGUGGUGUCUGCAACCGUUCGCAUCACACCAUGUUGCAUCAAUAUCCGAUCUCCUUUGAGACCGAGCCGCAACCUUCGACGUCACAGGCCAUGCAUAUUAGCAGCCUGCCUGACCGAGUCAUGUUAGCUACAGCCGUAGUUAAUGUAAAGGCCAGCUCCGGUGUUUACCUGCAAGCGCGAGCUCUACUUGACUCCGGUUCUCAAGUCAACUUUAUGACCGAAGAGCUUAUGCAGAAAUUGCGAAUCCGAAAAGAAAAAUUCGCUCUAAAUAUAGUUGGAAUUGGCAAUUCAAAUAAAAAGGUCCAAGGCAAGCUAAAAACUUAUAUAAAAUCGAGGAUCAACAAUUUUGAGUUUUCGGUGGACUAUUGGGUAAUGCGUUCGAUAUCAGUCAAACAUCCAGAUCGGACUAUAAACACAAAUGGCUGGAAAAUCCCACAAAAUAUUGAACUAGCUGACCCAAGUUUCUACAAAUGUUAGAAAAUAGACAUACUUUUAGGAACUGAAAUAUUCUUUGAUCUGUUAUCGGUGGGUCAGAUCAGAACCAGCCCAAGGCAGCCAACGCUGCAAAAAACUGUGUUAGGCUGGAUAAUUUCAGGCAAGUAUGCCACAAAUAAUAGCUCCAGUGCCCAAGUAAGUAGCACAUUAUGUCAAUUUGAAGAAAGCGUUGCUAGCAUUGAUACUACAAUCCGAAAAUUCUGGGAAUUGGAAGAAAUACCUGCACAAGUAAAUUCCACACGACUGACUCCAGAGCAGGCAAAAUGUGAGGAAUUUUUUCGAAAACCACACAGGUUUUACCAUGUGGAAGGCUUCAAGUCAGACUGCCUUUCAAAACCGACCGUAAAUUACUCGGUCAUUCGUAUGAAACCGCAGAUCGGCGGUUUCAGGCGCUGGAGAGAAGGACGUUGAAAGAUCCAGUACUUCGUAAAAUGUACCUGGACUUCAUGGCAAGAGUAUCUCGAAUUGGGGCAUAUGAGUCCAACAAAUAAUCGACUCCCGAGUGAGCCGCACUAUUUCAUUCCGCACCAGUGUGUGUUAAGACCGCAGAGCACAACUACCAAGUUGCGCGUAGUUUUUGAUGCUUCGAGUCGCACAUCAACACAAGUUGCGUUGAAUGAAACCUUGAUGGUCGGACCGAUCGUUCAAGAGGAGCUUUUUUCGACCCUCCUUCGCUUCCGAUUGCACAAAUAUGCCAUGACUGCCGACAUCACGAAGAUGUAUCGCCAAAUAUUGAUGCACGAAGACGACAGGAACUUUCAUCUCAUAGUGUGGAGACAGGAUCCAAGGGAGCAUUUGCAAAUUUUUCGACUUAACAACGUAACAUACGGCACUGCGCCUACACCACUUCUCGCCCCACGGUGUCUUCAAAUCCUAAGCGUCAAAAAUAAAGCCAAAUAUCCUCUCGGUUCCAAAGUCAUUCGGAAUGACUUUUACGUCGACGACCUAUUAACAGGAUCCGACAGUAUAGAAAGCCUCACCCAGAUACAACAGGAAGUAAAUACAAUUUUAGAAUCGGCAGGCCUGAAAUUAGCAAAGUGGUUUUCCAAUCAUACAAGCUCAUCGAAUAGUGAGAGUCUCCAAAAAUUAUUGCAGCUCAGCGAUACCGACUCCACCAAAACGCUGGGAAUCCACUGGCAGCCGAAAGAUGACAUUUUUCGCUUCAUUCUGGAAGAUAAUUUUAGCGAGCUGCGAGUAACUAGACGUAAUAUUUUAUCAGUUUCCGCUCGCCUCUUUGACCCUCUUGGUUUAUUAGCCCCGCUAGUUACCAAAGCUAAAAUCUUAUUACAAGAGCUUUGGAUUCAAAAGCUAGACUGGGAUGAGUCGAUUCCAUUGCGGCCUGACACUAGCUGGCAAAACUUUAAAGCCAAUUUGUUGCAGCUUCCAUCAAUUAGCAUUCCUCGGUAUGUAAAUACAGAGUCGAGUGGCAGCUGCCAAAUUCAUGGCUUUUCCGACGCUUCAAUAAGAGCGUAUGGCUGCUGCGUAUAUAUACGUAGCCAAACCGCUAGCUGUACGAAAUGCACGCUGCUUACUUCAAAGUCUAGAGUAGCUCCGCUGAAGACUAAAUCUCUUCCGCGUUUAGAGCUCUCGGCAGCCCAUUUUCUUGCCAAAUUAUGGUCAAGAAUUUCACCAAUGUUGAGUCGACCAAUAGAACAAACAAUUUUCUGGACAGACUCCGAAAUAGUUCUGCAUUGGAUUAAAACGCAUCCAUCGUCGUUGCAAAUUUUCGUCGCAAAUAGAGUGUCCGAGAUCCAAGAGUGGACCCAGAAUAUGUCGUGGCGUCAUGUGCCCACAAAACAAAAUACGGCGGAUCAAGUGUCUCGGGGUUGUAACGUGGACGAAUUGGGUAAUUCAAUAUGGUUUAGUGGUCCACAGUUCCUCCUAGAAGACCCUGCUACAUGGCCAAAAAAUGUCAACUUCAGUCUCUCUCCAGAACAAGAAGCACUCGAGAAGAAGAAGAACGCAAUUACGUUGACCACAAUCAAUGCCACAACAAAUCCACUUCUCGAAAUAAUUGACAGGUUCUCAUCUCACAGAAAAGUGCGUCGGAUUUUCGCUUACAUACUCAGAUGGCUUCGGAAAAUACGAGACCGAUAAGCAGAAUCUGAAAUAAUACCCACGGCAAAGGAAUUACAAUUGAGUUUCCUUAAAAUUGUCGAAAUAAUUCAACAUUUUGAAUUUAGCGAUGAAAUAAAUAAAUUAUCGAAAAAUAACGUACUUCCCUCAAAUUUGCAGAAAUUAACUCCAUUUCUGCAUGAACACUCGGAAUCAUCAUUAUCGUUUAAAUUGAUUCGAGUAGGUGGCCGUUUAUUAAACGCGCCAAUCCCCUAUGAUGCUAUGUUCCCUUUGCUAUUACGCAAAGACUCGCACUUUGUGGAAGCAUACAUCCGGUUCCUACAUUUUCGUAAUCACCAUGCCGGUCCAAAGGCAUUGGUAGCGCUUCUGCGAGAAAAAAUAUGGCUGAUAAAUGCUCGAGAAGCCUGUAGUCGAACUGUAAGAGAAUGUAUUCACUGUUUUCGUUAUAAGCCAAAAUUACAAGGUCAGAUCAUGGGCAAUCUACCCGCCGAUCGAUUACGCGCUCAACGGCCUUUCACAAUAUGUGGGGUAGAUUACUGCGGGCCCAUUCACAUAACCUUAAAAAUUCGCGGUCGCCCUCCCGUGAAAAUGUAUAUUGCCAUUUUCGUGUGUUUCGCUUCAAAGGCAGUUCAUCUAGAGCUUGUAACUGAUUUAACUGCUGAUAAAUUUAUUUUCGCUCUCAAAAGGUUCAUUGGGCGCCGAGGGAUGUCAGCCAAAAUAUACUGCGACAACGCGACGAACUUCGUGGGAGCAGAGAGGAAGCUGAGGGAGCUCCGGGAAGCCUUUCUGGAGGAGAUUCUCAUAUACGCCGCCGACGAAGGAUUCAUCUUCGCCUUCAUACCUCCGAGGGCACCCCACUUCGGCGGUCUGUGGGAAGCAUCAGUGAAGUCGGCCAAACAUCUGCUGGUGCGCGCCGUAGGCAACGCGCUGUUAACCGCCGAAGAAAGCGCAACGCUUCUCGUCGAAGUAGAAGCGGUACUGAAUUCCCGACCGCUCGCACCACUCAGCAACGACCCCAACGACGGCGAGGCGCUAACGCCGGCGCAUCUACUAGUCGGUCGCCCCUUGCGAGCUUUGCCACCGGAGAAGGUACCCGUCAACCUCAGCCGCUGCUUAGAGAGAUGGCAGCUUGUUUGCUCUCUCAAGCAACAAUUUUGGCGCGCGUGGUCGAAGAGCUACCUUCUGGAGCUUCAGCAGCGCAACAAAUGGGUGCACCCGCAGCCCAACGUCCAACCAGGCCAACUCAUCGUCGUCCACGAAGACAACGUACCACCGCAGCAUUGGGUGCUCGGUCGAGUAACCGCUACCAUUCCCGGAGCGGACGGCAAAAUUCGAGUCGCAGACAUCACCACUAGGUCGGGUGAAGUACGACGCCCUAUUCACAAACUCGCCGUGCUGCCGGUGGAAAACAAGAAUUAAAGGCUGUUGGAUUCCUUCAAGGUGGCCGGUGUUAAGCCAGAUUCUGGCAAACUAUUAUAAUAGAAUAAUGUAACGUAAAUUAGAAUAGAAUAAAUUAAAUAAUAUUGAAUUUAAAAAUUGAAAUUGUAUUAAAGCUUAAUAUUUAGUUAUUUUAUAUUGUUUAUUUAUGAGUAGGUUGUAGUAUACUUUACUGUUUCUCGCUGUCGCUAUUUCUUUACCUGUUUCUAUUUACUUCCGAGCAUUGACUCUAUUUCUACAGCUAUACCUACUUUCCGUUCUUCCUAUUUCUAUUUAUUUAACUGCAAACUCUCUCUAACUCUCCACAUACUGUUCUUCCAUUUCCGCUAUUUCUUGUAUUUUAGUUUUAGGCCUAAUAUAAGGACAGUACAUGGAUAAUAAACGCCACUUUUGAAAUUGUAAUCGGACGUGUGCGGUGUUCUUUCUUGAAUUCGAAUAUCACAGGCAAUAAGUUUAGCGCUUCCCUUCGUAAAGUGUUUUAAAAAUUAAU